AAAACUAUUGCUUGAACAAAAAAACCUUUUGCUUGAAAAGUCAGUCAACGGUGGCCCCGUAGACUCACUCACCAACGGCUUGACUUCUAUUAUACACUCACCAUCUCUUAUCUUCUUCGUCUCCUUCAAUCAUUUUCAUUUUUCAACUCCGAUGGUGGUACCUCAAGCUUUCUUAAUCCUCCCCAUUCUACUCUCCAUCGCCGUCUCCAGAGCAACGGCGGCGGCGUACGAUCCCACAGAUCUAUUUCUCUUCAACUGCGGCGCUACCUCCGAUAACACAGACGAAACCGGCCGGAAAUGGACGGCGGAGAAUCGGCAAACUCUGUCGACAAACGCAGCCAACGCUUCUUUCUCUUCAGACGCUUCUUCCCAAGAACCUGGAGUUCCUCAAGUGCCCUACAUGAAAGCUCGGAUUUUCCGUUCAGAUUUCACUUACAGUUUCCCAGUCUCUCCCGGAUAUAAAUACCUCCGACUCUACUUUUACCCGACCCGGUAUGAACCGGGUUUCGACGCGGCUACUUCCUUCUUCUCUGUAACCGUCAACAACCGUUUCACUCUUUUGAAAAACUUCAGCACUAAUUUAACGGUAACCGCUUCCAAGAAAAAUGUUUUGAUAAAAGAGUUUAUAAUCCCCGUUCACCAGACGUUAAAUUUAACGUUCACGCCGUCUACUAACUCGUCAGCUUUCGUUAACGGAAUCGAGAUUGUCUCCAUGCCUGAUCGGUUUUACUCAAAGGGAGGGUUUGACGAUAGAGUAGUCAACGUCGGUAGCGAAGUUGACUAUUAUAUCGACAACACGACGACGUCGUUCGAGACCGUUUACCGUUUAAACGUAGCGGGACAAGAAGUGGGCGAUACGGAAAUGUUCAGACGAUGGGUGUCCGAUGAUGAUUUCUUUCUUAGUGAGAAUUCAGGAAUCAAACCGGUGGUAGAAGAAGAUGUGAAGAUAAAAUACACAGACGAAACUCCUGCCUACGUGGCGCCUGAAGAUGUGUACAGGACGUAUCGUACGAUGGGGAACGUCAACGACGCUAGACUCAACAUGAAUUUCAACUUGACGUGGCUUUUCGGAGUAGAUGCGGGGUUUCCCUACCUCGUUAGGCUUCAUUUCUGUGAGACUCUUCCUGAAGUAAACCAACCGGGGCAACGUAUGUUCUCCAUCUUCUUGAGAAAGCAGGUGGCGAAGCUUGAGAUGGAUGUGAUUCACUUGAGCGGUGGUUCUCGGGUUCCGGUGUAUCUAGACUUCGUUCUACGUGCAGGUUCCGAAACCGAUUUACGAGUUGACUUGCAUCCUUUUAGCGCCGUUAUUCCAAAGUAUCUAGACGCUAUUCUGAAUGGUUUAGAGAUUCUCAAGCUUAAUAAUUCUGAUGGUAAUCUCGCUGGACCUAAUCCACCAAAUCCAAAUCCUCCACCAAACUCGCAGGAUAUACAAAAAGAACAAAAGAAGUCACAUGUUUUGGUAAUAACAUUGGCAAUUGUUGGUUCCGCAAUUUUGCUAGCAAUGUUAGUUGUUGUUGCUGUCAUCAUAAAGAAGAAGAAGAAGAAGAAAAACGAGUUUAGUGUACAUAACACGAGCAAGCCUACAGACUCCUCGUGGACUCAUCUUCCACUUGUCACCGGGACCUCCUCGCAUACAAGAUCGACCACAUCUCUCCCAUCUGUUCUCUGCCGUAGAUUCUCAAUCCAAGAAAUCAAAUCCGCCACAAACAAUUUCGAGAAAGAGCUGAUCGUAGGUGUAGGCGGGUUUGGUCCCGUCUACAAAGGAAGAAUCGACGGUGGAGCCACGCUUGUGGCUGUCAAAAGGCUAGAAACUUCAUCGAACCAAGGCGCUAGAGAGUUCGACACCGAGCUCGAAAUGCUCACAAUGCUCCGUCACAUACAUCUCGUUUCCUUGAUCGGAUACUGCGACGAUGAGGGAGAGAUGGUACUUGUCUACGAAUAUAUGCCACGUGGGACACUUAGAGACCAUCUCUACAAGAGAAACGAGGUUUUCGAUCAUCCAUUGUCGUGGAAACGGAGGUUAGAGAUAUGCAUAGGAGCGGCUCGUGGACUACAGUAUCUCCAUACAGGCGCGAAGCACAUGAUCAUACAUAGAGACAUUAAAACGACCAACAUACUUCUUGAUGAGAAUUACGUGGCUAAAGUCUCUGACUUUGGGUUAUCGAAAGUGGGUCCUACUAGUGCCUCUCAAACGCACGUCUCGACGGUCGUUAAAGGUUCGUUUGGUUAUUUGGACCCUGAGUAUUACCGCCGUCAAGCUUUAACGGAAAAAUCUGACGUGUACUCCUUUGGAGUAGUUCUGUUCGAAGUGUUAUGUUGUAGACCGGUCAAACUCGAAAAUGUCACACGGGAAGAAGCAGAUUUGGUACGAUGGGUGAAGUCAAAUUACAAAAACGGAACCGUUGAUCAGAUGGUUGACAAAGAUCUGACGGCUGAUAUUACUUCUGUGUCACUGGAGAAGUUUUGUGAGAUUGCCGUGAGAUGUGUUCAAGAUCGUGGUAUCGAACGGCCACCGAUGAACGACGUCGUGUGGGCGCUUGAGUUUGCGCUUCAACUUCACGAGACUGCUGCUACGCAUAAAGACGGCGUUGACUCUAUGGAUCGACCGACACGUGGCGUGGUAGGUGCGACGACUGAAGGAGAAGAUGAUGAUUUGUUUAGUAAGACUACAGGACGUGUGUCGAAAUCUGAGACGACAGACGAUGAUUCUGCUCGUCUUGUUGGUGAUGAGAAGAGCGGAUCGAGUUGGGGAGUAUUUUCAGAGAUCAAAGAACCCAAAGCACGGUAGAUUGCUGGGGAUGGUUCAUAGGCCAGCAAUACAUUAAAAAAUGAAGCCAUUGGCAUACGUAAAUGUAAUUGUGUACUACUAAUUAAAAUUAUGUAAUCAUAAUCAUUUCAAAUAUUUAUGCAUUAGGAUACUUGAAAAAAAUCCAGACAUCACAAAUGCAACAUACCAAUAUAACUAACCC